AAAACUUUGUGAAACGUUACAGUCGUCCACGCUCAGAACACAGUUGGACUGUUGCUUGGCUGCGCUCUCCCCCUUGCGGUUGUUUCACACCUGCUUACCAGUAACGUCCAAGGUUAAUUAUUUAACUUCAGGCAUUAUUCUUCAGGGACCAAGGGAGGUGAGGCAUUUGGUCACGGCAUGCUCACCUGUUGCAUCUUAAAAUGGGCGACUACAUAGGCAGUAACGGUUCGGUAACGAGUCAUGAUAGCAAAGUUGUAUCCAUUGUCCCGAGUAGAGAGGGGGACAUUCGUGUUGUGUUUCGGAAAGUUGACGACGACGCCAGUGACGAUGAUGAACAUUUAACAGACAGAUUACAUCUUUCAACUCAAAGCCAGGAUAACUACGACAGAGAUGGACAUGGAGAUGACAGCGAGAUGGCUCUGGGCAGUUGUAACGUGAAUGGCAGCCCUUCAAAACGAGGGUGUCCGCUUCUAUGUUGCGGAAAAGAUGACGCCGAUUAUACCGGUGGCGGGGGAAACUCCGAUCGUAAAGAGGAGGAUAAGAAAGUACCAUGUUCAGGCCUGGGCCUCGUCUAUGCUCUGAUGGCCUCGCUGUUCUUCUCCCUGGUGGCCCUCCUGGUCAAGAAGAUCGAGGGAGUGCACGCCGUAGAGAUCAGUGCCAUCCGCUGCUUCUUCCAGAUGAUCUUCGUCAUACCACUGAUGAUCUAUUACAACACGGGAUUCCUGGGUCCACGGAACAUGCGAAUCUACCUGUUCCUGCGCGGCUUCCUGGGCUCCAACGCCAUGAUCCUGCUCUUCUACGCCGUGCAGCAGAUGCCCCUGGCCGACGCCACCGUCAUCAUGUUCAGCAACCCCGUUUUCACCGCGCUGCUGGCUUGGAUCUUUCUCAAGGAGCGCUGCACCAUCUGGGACGUGGUCUUCACCGCCUUCACGCUCACCGGCGUCAUCCUCAUCGCCCGGCCGCCCUUCCUGUUUGGCGAGCGCGUGACCGGCCUGGAGGGCGACUACCAAAGCCACAUCAAGGGCACCGCUGCGGCCUUCGCCGGGGCGGUGGGCGCUGCCUGCACCAUGGUGAUACUGCGCAAGAUGGGCAAGAGCGUGCACUACUACUUGUCGGUGUGGUACUACGCCGUCAUCGGGCUGGCCGAGUGUGUGGUCAUGCUGUUCGCGCUCGGCGAGUGGAGCCUACCGAGCUGCGGCACCGACCGCUGGAUCAUGAUGAUGAUCGCCGUGCUCGGCAUCGCCGGCCAGACCUUCCUCACCAAGGCGCUGCAGGUGGAGAAGGCCGGGCCGGUGGCGCUCAUGAGGACGAUAGACGUGGUGCUGGCCUUCAUCUUCCAGUUCCUCUUCCUCAACCGCAAGCCCACCUGGUGGAGCCUAGGAGGCGCCCUGUGUGUGGUCAGCAGCACCAGUGGUGUGGCCUUGAAGAAGUGGAUCAGCAGCACCAGGAAGACCUGAUGUGGACGUUUUUAUUUUAUUUUUUCGGAGACUCUCUGUACCAGUUUGUUUCUUCUACAGAAAAGGCGACCAUCCAAACUUGUCUGUACCAAAGAGGCAAUAGAAAAUAAUCUAUAUAUUACUGUUUACUGCUCUGUAGUGCAAUCAAAUAGCCUACUCUUCUCUGCGCACACUUUAAAGUAAGCACUUUGUAGUCCUCAGUCUUUAAUUUUUUAAUUUUUGAUUAUUUUAAAACAAUCAGGUAAUCCCCUACUGAUAUUUUACUUAUGAAAUGGGACCGCCUUUUAGAGAACUGUGUGAUUGAGU